CCGCACAGCACCUUAGAUUUCCCAGAGCUGACCCACGAUGGGGCCGGGACAGGCAGGGGGCGCGCUUCUGCCGCGGCUGCUAGCGCUCGCUCAAGGUAUUUUAAGUUGUCUGGCGUACAAUGUUGGCCUCCCAGGAGCAAAAAUAUUUUCCGGUCCUUCAAGUGAACAGUUUGGCUAUACAGUACAGCAGCUCAAAACCCCACAGGGCAACUGGCUGCUGGUCGGGUCGCCGUGGAGUGGCUUUCCUGAGAACAAAAUGGGAGACGUGUACAAGUGCCCUACUGAUGCACCCACUGCCCGGUGUGAAAAGCUGAACCUGCAAAAUUCAGCAAGCAUCUCAAAUGUUACGGAGAUAAAAACCAACAUGAGCCUGGGUUUGACCCUCACCAGGAAUUCGAGAACCGGCGGCUUUCUAACCUGUGGUCCCCUGUGGGCACAUCAGUGUGGAAACCAGUAUUACGCCACUGGGAUUUGUUCAGACAUCAGUCCAAACUUCCAGCCCUCCAGAAGCUUCUCGCCCGCAGUUCAGGCUUGCCCUUCUCUCGUAGAUGUUGUAGUUGUGUGUGAUGAAUCCAACAGUAUUUAUCCCUGGGAUGCAGUGAAGAAUUUCUUAGAGAAAUUUGUACAAGGUCUGGAUAUAGGACCCAAAAAGACACAGGUGGCAUUAAUUCAGUAUGCCAACGAGCCAAGGGUUGUAUUUGACUUGAACACUUACAAAAAUAAAGAGAAAAUGGUUGAAGCCACAUCCCUGACCUACCAACAUGGUGGUGACCUCACAAAUACCUUCAAAGCAAUUGAAUUUGCAAGAAAGCAUGCUUUUUUACCAUCUUCUGGUGGGCGCCCAGGUGCUACGAAAGUCAUGGUAGUUGUGACUGAUGGUGAAUCCCAUGAUGGGUUGAUGCUGGAAGAGGAGAUCCAGAAGUGCAAUGAAAAUGAGAUAUUGAGGUUCGGCAUAGCAGUUCUUGGGUAUUUAAACAGAAAUGCCCUUGAUACUAAAAAUUUAAUCACAGAAAUCAAAGCAAUCGCGAGUACUCCAACAGAGAGAUACUUUUUCAAUGUGGCCGACGAAGCAUCUCUUCUGGAAAAGGCUGGAACACUGGGAGAGCACAUUUUCAGCAUCGAAGGUACCGUUCAGGGAGGAGACAACUUCCAGACGGAGAUGGCACAAGGAGGGUUCAGCGCAGAUUUCUCUCCUCAAAAUGAUAUUCUGAUGCUGGGUGCAGUGGGAGCUUUUGACUGGAGUGGAACUGUUAUCCAGGAGACAUCUAGCAAGCACUUCGUCUUUCCUAAGCAGGCCUUCGAUCAUGUUCUGCAGGAUAAAAACCACAGUUCAUUUUUAGGUUACUCUGUGGCUUCCAUUUCUACUGCAAAGGGUGUCCAGUUUGUUGCUGGCGCUCCACGGGCAAAUUAUACUGGCCAGAUAGUGCUGUACAGCGUUGACAAAGACAGCAACGUCACAGUGAUUCAGUCUCACAGAGGGGACCAGAUUGGCUCCUAUUUUGGUAGUGUGCUGUGUGCGGUUGAUGUGGAUAGAGACUCCAUCACAGACGUACUCCUGGUAGGUGCUCCCACAUACAUGAACGACCUCAAGAAAGAAGAGGGAAAAGUCUACCUGUUCACAAUCACAAAGGGCAUCUUGAAUCAGCACCAGUUCCUUGAAGGACCUGAAGGCAAUGGGAAUGCUCGGUUUGGUUCAGCGAUUGCAGCCCUUUCAGACAUCAACAUGGAUGGCUUUAACGAUGUGAUCGUUGGUUCGCCCGUAGAGAAUGAGAACUCUGGAGCAGUGUACAUUUACAAUGGCCAUCAUGGUACCAUUCGCACCAAGUGUUCCCAGAAAAUCCUUGGUUCCGAUGGAGCCUUCGGGCGUCAUCUCCAGUUCUUCGGAAGGUCCCUGGAUGGCUAUGGAGAUUUAAAUGGAGAUGCCAUCACUGAUGUAUCCAUUGGCGCCUUGGGGCAAGUGGUUCAACUCUGGUCACAAAGCAUUGCUGAUGUGGCUAUACAUGUUUCAUUCACUCCGGACAAAAUCGCAUUGCUCAACAAGGAAGCUAAGAUAACCCUCAAACUCUGCUUCAGAGCAAAGUUUAAACCCACCGGACAAAGCCAGCAAGUGGCCAUCCUGUUUAACAUGACACUUGACGCAGACAGAUAUUCUUCCAGAGUAACCUCCAGGGGGAUGUUUAAAGAAAACAGCGAAAGAUUCCUGCAGAAGAACGUGACUAUAACCCAAGCACAGAGCUGUUCUGAAUACUACAUUAGCAUCCAGAAACCCUCUGACGUUGUCAACCCUCUGGACCUGCGUGUGGACAUCAGUUUGGCAAACCCUGGCACUAGUCCUGCCCUUGAAGCCUAUUCUGACACUGUCAAAGUCUUCAGCAUUCCUUUCUAUAAAGAAUGUGGCAGUGAUGGACUAUGCAUCUCUGACCUGACCCUGGAUGUCCAACAGAUGCCAGCCACCAUUCAAGACCAGCCCUUUAUUGUCAGCAACCAAAACAAAAGGUUGACAUUUUCAGUGACACUGAAGAACAGAGGAGAGAGCGCAUACAAUACUGCAGUCAAGGCGGAGUUUUCUGAGAACUUGUUUUUUGCUUCUUUUUCCAUGCCGGUCGAUGGAACAGAAGUGGCAUGCCAGGUUGACUCGUCGCAGAAAUCUGUUACCUGUGAUGUGGGAUAUCCUGCCUUGAACAGUGAACAGGAGGUGACUUUUACCAUCAACUUUGACUUCAACCUUCAAAACCCCCAGAAUCAGGCAUCCAUCCAUUUCCAAGCCUUCAGUGAAAGCCAAGAGGCAAACAAAGCAGACAAUUCUGUUAGUCUCAAGAUCCCUCUUCUGUAUGACGCUGAGAUUCACCUAACCCGAUCCACCAACAUAAACUUUUGUGAAAUCUCUCCGGAUGAGAAUGCUCCUCCAGUCAUAAACAGUGUUGAAGAUAUCGGACCUAAAUUCAUCUUCUCGCUCAAGGUAACAACAGGAACUUCUCCGGUAACCAUGGCAUCAGUAACCAUCCACAUUCCUCAGUACACCAAGGCGAAGAACCCACUCCUGUAUCUGACCGGGGUGCAAACAGAUGAGGCUGGUGACAUCAGUUGUGAAGCAGAAAUAAAUCCACUAAAGCUCGGACAUGCGUCCUCUCCCGUAGUUUUCAAGAGUGAAAACUUGCAGCAUACGAAAGAAUUGGACUGUACAGCCACCUCCUGCAGUGACGUCACCUGCUGGCUGAAGGACCUCCAUAUGAAAACCGAGUACUUUAUCAAUGUGACUACCAGAGUCUGGAACAGGACCUUCGCUGCUUCGACUUUCCAGACUGUGCAGCUGACAGCAGCAGCAGAAAUCGAUACACACAACCCCCAGCUAUACGUGAUCGAGGACAACGCCGUCACAAUCCCCCUCACGAUAAUGAAACCCACGGAGAAAGCAGAAGUGCCAACCGGGGUCAUAAUAGGAAGCGUGGUUGCUGGGAUCCUCUUGCUGUCGGCUCUCGUUGCAGGCUUGUGGAAGCUUGGUUUCUUCAAAAGACAGUAUAAAAAAAUGAGCCAAAAUCCAGACGAGACGGACGAGACCACAGAGCUCAACAGCUAAAAGCCUCCGGUGGACACAAUGGCAUGGUGGCUGGUGACAUUCCCGCUAGGGUUCGCUGUGUGAUGAAUGGAUUUCUCCUACAGUCCAGUUUCAAAUAAUUUAAUAGGCAAACGCGCCUGAUAAUUUUAGAGCAACUGCUGGUCAGUUGGGAAAGAAGACAUCGUGGGUGGUGGUUAGGGGCUAGGAAGACCCAAGACAUUCUACGGAAAGAAAAACAAAGUAAUCUCUAGGACUGGCUAACAUUUACUGUGACAGGAAGAUGGGGUGCAUCUAUGCUUGACAAGCCUUCAAGAAAACUGUAACAUUUUCAUAUGGGGGGGUGGUAGAGUGCAUGGGAAUACUCUUUUUAAUUUAAUUAACAGUAUCAGAAAAAGUGGAAAGUACCCAGUAUGUAUGUAAUACAU